GUCUGCAGGAGUACAGCCAGAUGAUUGAUUGGUGCAAUGGAAGUAGGUGACGCUUUGUAAAGGAGGCCCUUGAGGGAUGGGGGUCUUGGGCUGAUUGACAGCACUCAGUAGGUGGGCGGCAGUGACUCUUUGCUUUCCUCACAGAAACGCUGAUGGACUCAACCACAGCGACAGCGGAGCUGGGCUGGAUCGUGCAUCCUCCAUCAGGGUGGGAAGAGGUGAGUGGCUACGAUGAGAACAUGAACACGAUCCGCACGUACCAGGUGUGCAAUGUGUUUGAGUCGAGCCAGAACAACUGGCUACGGACCAAGUUCAUCCGGCGCCGCGGCGCCCACCGCAUCCACGUGGAGAUGAAGUUCUCGGUGCGUGACUGCAGCAGCAUCCCCAGCGUGCCCGGCUCCUGCAAGGAGACCUUCAACCUCUAUUACUAUGAGGCCGACUUUGACUCGGCCACCAAGACCUUCCCCAACUGGAUGGAGAAUCCAUGGGUGAAGGUGGACACCAUCGCGGCCGACGAGAGCUUCUCACAGGUGGACCUGGGUGGCCGGGUCAUGAAGAUCAACACGGAGGUGCGGAGCUUUGGGCCUGUGUCCCGCAGCGGCUUCUACCUGGCCUUCCAGGACUAUGGUGGCUGCAUGUCCCUCAUCGCUGUGCGUGUCUUCUACCGCAAGUGCCCCCGCAUCAUCCAGAAUGGCGCCAUCUUCCAGGAGACCCUUUCGGGGGCCGAGAGCACCUCGCUGGUGGCCGCCCGGGGCAGCUGUAUCGCCAACGCCGAGGAGGUGGACGUGCCCAUCAAGCUCUACUGUAACGGGGACGGCGAGUGGUUGGUGCCCAUUGGCCGCUGCAUGUGCAAAGCAGGCUUUGAGGCGGUGGAGAAUGGCACGGUCUGCAGAGGUUGCCCUUCUGGAACCUUCAAGGCCAACCAAGGGGACGAGGCCUGCACGCACUGUCCCAUCAACAGCCGGACCACCUCAGAAGGGGCGACCAACUGUGUCUGCCGCAACGGCUACUACAGAGCAGACCUGGACCCCCUCGACAUGCCCUGCACAACCAUCCCCUCGGCGCCCCAGGCGGUGAUCUCCAGCGUCAACGAGACCUCGCUCAUGCUGGAGUGGACCCCGCCCCGCGAUUCAGGGGGCCGCGAGGACCUGGUCUACAACAUCAUCUGCAAGAGCUGUGGCUCGGGCCGGGGCGCCUGCACCCGCUGCGGGGACAACGUGCAGUACGCGCCCCGACAGCUGGGCCUGACCGAGCCGCGCAUCUACGUCAGCGACCUGCUGGCCCACACGCAGUACACCUUCGAGAUCCAGGCGGUGAACGGCGUCACCGACCAGAGCCCCUUCUCCCCUCAGUUCGCCUCCGUGAACAUCACCACCAACCAGGCGGGUGUUGGCAGAACUCAGUGCCAUGGGAUGGUAGGAGUGAGGUGUCCCUGUCCUUGCCAACUGGCCGCUGCCCUUCACCUGAGGGGCCCUCUUUCCAGUCCUUGCACGGGGCUCCUGCAUCUCAGAAGCUACAACGGGGUUCAAGCCCUCUUCAUGCUCCGGCCCUCUG